CACUACGCUUGGCAUGGGUUGAGACGCAGGACUUUCGCAGAGACUCAUCUACAGCCGCUAAUAUGGCACGGGUAUUGCGAUGGCAGUUUCUUCACUGUUUCAUGUGGUUGUGGAGCUUAGGUUGCGCCCACGGGGCGUCGACGAUUGAGCCGCUUCCGCUGUCAGACGUGCGGCUGCUAGACACGGCUCUUCAGGCGCGCUAUGAGAAGUUGAAUGCAAAGUACCUGCUGGACAUGCUGGAGCCCGACCGGCUGCUGUGGAGCUUUCGCAAAACUUCGGGGCUGCCGACGCCAGGCACGCCAUACAUAGCAUCCUGGGAGGACCCGGGCUGCGAGCUGCGCGGCCAUUUCGUGGGGCACUACCUGUCAGCGCUGUCCCUGGCGUUGGCGGGAACAGGGAACAGCGCGUUCAAGACGCGCCUGGAUUUGAUGGUGUCGGAGCUGGGCAAGGUGCAGGAGAAGCUGGGGACCGGAUACCUGUCCGCAUUCCCCACAGAGUUCUUUGACAGGGUGGAGGCGCUGAAACCCGUGUGGGCGCCCUACUACACGAUCCACAAGAUCAUUGCGGGCCUGGUGGACGCCCACGAGCUGGCGGGCCACCCCUCGGCGCUGGCCAUGGCCACCCGCAUGGUGGACUACCACUGGAACCGCACGCAGGCGGUGAUUGCGGCCAAGGGGCGGGAGCACUGGAACGCGGUACUCAACUGUGAGUUCGGAGGCAUGAACGAGAUCCUUUACCGCAUGUACCGGCUGACUAAGAACAAGAUGCAUAUGGAGUUUGCGCAGCUGUUCAACAAGCCCUUCUUCCGCAAGCCCAUGGAGGCCGGCAACGACAUGCUCAUGAACCUGCACGCCAACACACACCUGGCGCAGGUGGCGGGCUUCGCUGAGGAGUACGACACGGUAGGCGCCCCCGCCGCCCGCCAGGCCACCUCCAACUUCUUUGAAAUCGUCACGCAGCACCACAGUUUCGCCACAGGCGGCUCCACCGAUCAUGAGUUCUGGCAGGCGCCUGACGAGCUGGCGGACUCGGUGUUGACGCAAAAGCACGGCGUGGAGACGCAGGAGACGUGCACGCAGUACAACAUCCUCAAGAUAGCGCGCUCGCUGUUCCGGUGGACUGGCGACGUGCGAUACGCCGACUUCUAUGAGCGGGCGCUGGUGAAUGGCAUCCUGGGCACCGCCCGCCUGCCGCCGGAGGACUGGCCCGAGCACGCGCUGCCCAAGCGCGGCCGUGGCGGGCGGCACCACCACCACCAUCACCACCACCACCACACCAACCAGCUGCGGAGCGGCCUGCUCUCCAUGACCGACCAGCAGUCGCAGCAGGGGGCGUCGGAGCUGGCGCUGACGCAGCUGCAGGCGGGCGGCGGCGCCGCAGGCGCGGGUGCGACCGGCGCGAUGCUGGUGUCUCCACACCGGCGUCAGCACAACGAGGAAUGGUUGGGCUGGUGGGCGUUCGCCAAGCCGCAGCCCGAGUGGAACGCGUCGGACGCGCACGGGCCAGGCGUGUUCAUCUACCUCCUGCCGCUGGGCACGGGGCAGUCCAAAUCCGACAACAUCCACCACUGGGGCUUCCCCUUCCACUCCUUCUGGUGCUGCUAUGGCACCGUCAUUGAGAGCUACGCCAAGCUGGCAGACUCCAUUUACUUCAAGGAGAUGUCACCGGCUAACCCGGAGUCGCGCGCGCACGACAAGGCGGGCGUGCGCUUGCCGCCGCGGCUGUACGUGAACCAGCUGGUCUCCUCCAAGGCCACGUGGGCCGAGAUGAACCUGCGAGUGACCAUGCAGGCAGACAUGUUCACGCCCGGCCCGGCGGCCGUGGCGCAGCUGACGCUCGACUCGACCAAGGCGCCCGGCCCCGGGACACACGACCUGGGCACCUUCACGCUCAUGGUGCGGGUGCCCGAGUGGCUGGCGCCCGACCGCCACGGCGGCGUGGCGCAGGGCGGCAGCGGCGCCAGCAUUGAGGUCAACGGCCAGCUAUGGACCUCCUGCCCCGGCCCGGUCAAGGCCGGCAGCUACUGCGCCCUGAUGCGGCGCUGGGCGUCCGGCGACGGCGUGUCGCUGCGGUUGCCCAUGCGCUGGCGGCUGCAGUCACUGGCGGAGAACCGGGCGCAGCACCAGGGGCUCAAGGCUGUGAUGCUGGGUCCCUUCGUUAUGGCGGGCAUCACACAUAGCGAUCGCGGCCUCACGCUGCCCACCGCGCCGGCCGGCACCGCGGCGGCCGCGACCGGCGGCGGUGGAAGCAGCGGCGGCGCCACUCCACCGGUGGAGCUGCGGCGGCGUGUGUAUCCGCCCGAGGAGUCUGAUGAGCUCAUGUCGAUACAGGCGGGCUGGAACUCCAGCCUGCACCUCCGCCACGACGCCAAUAUCGCCUACGUGUCGCAGCUGGAGGACGGCGGAGACGCCAUGGACGCAACCUUCCGCAUCGGCCGCGGCUGCCACCACGGCGGCGACGCGCAGGCCGGCGGCGGCGGCGGCGCGGGCGGCAGCGGCCACCACGGCCUGCUGUCGCUACUGCACGGCCGGCAGAGCGCCGCGGGCGGAGCCGCAGGCGAUGGCGAUGACGUCAAGUCGCUGGCGGAGGAGGAGGGCGCUAGCCACGGCUCUCUGGCUGGCGCGUUCAGCAGCCUUCGCUCCAUGAUGCGGCUGGGUGCGGCCGACUCGGGCAGCGCGCUGAGCCUGGAGGCCAUGAGCUACCCCAACCACUACCUGGCGCACGACCACACAGACGUCGUCGUGCUGCAGCCGGGCGCCGCGGCCGGCACCAACGCCGCCGCCUGCGCCCGCGCCAUGUGGAUGAUGCGGCCCGGCCUGGACGGCGCCGCCGACACCGUGUCGUUCGAGGCGGUGGCGCGGCCGGGCUGGUUCGUCACAGCCGCCGGUCCGGAGCAGCAGACGGCGGAGGCGGCGGCAUGCCACGACGCGCCGGGUGACCAGUGCCACGACCGCGGCGAGGGCGGCCCCUGCGCGCGUGACGCAUACGCGGCGCGCGUGCUGUGCCGCCAUUUCUGUGGCAACUGCAACGUCACGGGGGCCGCGCUGCGCCUGAGGCAGCGGCCCGCUGGCGGCCCAGCCGCCGGCGGCUCUUUCGCUGCGGCCUCGUCCUUCCGCCUGGCGCCGCCCGCGCGCCGCGCCUACCCGGCUGGGUCGUUCGUGCUGGCGGGCCUGAACAGGCACUACCUGGUCGCGCCGAUUGGGCACUUGGUGGAUGAGCGGUACACGGCGUACUUUAUGGUGGACACGAAGAGCCGGGGCGGGCCAGGAGGCGGCGGGGGCGGCGGGCGGAUUGGGAUAAAGCGGGGGCAGCGGGGAAGCGGUAGCGGCGAGGGCGGGGGGCUGUGAGCGAUUGGGCCAUUGGGGUGCGUUGAGGUGUCGUGAGCAGGAUGAGUGCUGCGCUGGGGUCGUGCGCGCGUGUCAUCAUGUGUGUGUUGCAAGGCGAGGCAAGCGGGGCAUUCGAGGGAAGAGUGAGCAUGCCGUGGUGAUCAGGUUGGACGGCACGUGGACACGCACACUUGACAGCGUGCAGGAUACUACGCAAACCAUAGAACAGGUUGUGAAAGCACGAUGCGCAGAGCAAAAGGAAGAACAGCAAAAGGCGCGAUUGCCGCCUCGGCGGUUGAUGGAACCCCGCGCUUGCAUCUCGUGGAUCGCCUGACCCGCCGAGUCUGUAACUCGACGCGACUGCGUCGUGGCUUAUAUCGUAAUUAAAAUGC